AUGUCUCUGGUAAGCCAGAAUGCGUGCCACCGCAACGCAGAGACCACUGUAGAUUACAGCGACUUCCAUGGUGAGAUGCAGGCUAUUAAUGCCUCCGGGUCCCCCACAUCCAUGCUAGUUCCUGAUGCUCCCCAGGGCCCUCAGGCGCCAAUCGACUCUCAGGGUGCUAGCGCUUCCCAGGCUGCGCAGGACCCGAACGACCUCGAGGUGCUGAUAGAUGAGCAGUCCCGACGUUUGGGGGCGCUCAGGGUCCACGACCCUCUAGAAGACAGGUCGAUUGCUUUGGUGAAUUUCAUGCGAAUGAAAAGCCAAAUCGAGGGGUCUAUUCAGCAGACAGAGAUGCUAGAGUUCCUCAGAGAAUACUCAGAUCAGUUCCCUGAGAUCCUCAGACGAGCCUCAGCCCAUCUGGACCAGGUCUUUGGGUUGAACCUGAGGGUUCUUGAUCCCCAGGCUGACACCUACAACCUAAUCAGCAAACGGGGUCUCCAGACCACUGAUCGGAUAGCAGAAUCCCUGGACAUGCCAAAGGCAGGUCUCCUGGCCUUGGUCCUAGGCCACAUUCUCCUGAAUGGUAACCGAGCAAGAGAGGCCUCCAUUUGGGAUCUGUUGCUAAAGGUUGAUGUGUUAGAUGAGCCCCAGAGGAUCAACAUCCCCUUUGGGAACACAAGGAACCUCCUAACUACUGACUUUUUGCGUAUGCGGUUCUUGGAGUACUGGCCAGUGUAUGGCACUAAUCCCCUCGAAUUUGAGUUCUUGUGGGGCUCUAGAGCCCACAGGGAAAUCACAAAGAUGGAAGCCCUGAAGUUUGUGGCAGAGGCCCAUGAUGAAGAACCCUGGAGCUGGCCAGAAGAAUAUAAUAAGGCCCUGGAAGCUGACAAGGCCAAAGAAAGAAGCCAGGCUGCUGGCUUGGAGUUCUGGUCAGAGGACACUAUGAAUGAUAAGGCAAAUGAUUUGGUCCAGUUGGCCAUUAAUGUCACAGAGGAGUUGCUGCCUAUACAUCAGGAUGAGCUGUUGGCUCACACUGGCAAAGAAUUUGAGGACGUGUUCCCAAAUAUCCUCAGUCGAGCUACUCUAAUCCUUGAUCUGUUCUAUGGGUUCUCUCUGAUUGAGGUUGAUACCAGUGAGCACAUUUACCUCCUUGUCCAGCAACCAGAAUCAGAAGAAGAGCAAAUGAUGCUAGAGAGCCUGGGGAGACCCACUCAAGAAUAUUUGAUGCCAAUCCUGGGUUUGAUCUUCCUGAUGGGCAACCGUGUCAAAGAGGCCAGUGUCUGGAAUUUGCUUCGGAGAUUUGGUGUGGAUGUAGGGAGAAAGCAUGCCAUCACCUGCAAACUUAUGAGACAGCGCUACUUGGAAUGCAGGCCACUGUCCUAUUCUAAUCCAGUUGAAUAUGAGCUUCUGUGGGGUCCUCGAGCUCACCUUGAAACCACCAAAAUGAAAGCCUUGGAGUACAUGGCCAGGCUCUACAGAAAGCAACCACAGGACUGGCCAGAGCAAUUUAGGGAGGCUGUUGAAGAUGAGGAGGCCAGAGCCAGGUCUGAGGCAACUGCUAUGUUCUUCUUUGGCCCCAUGUGAAGUCUGGGGGAAGUGUGUCACUUCAAUUGGGUGGCAUCAAUUAAAGGGGCCCUGGGGAAAUGGGCACUGGGGCCCCAAAUCAGAAGCUGGGCAGGGUUGGGGUGAAAAGUACACAUUGUGCUUGCUAUUUGUGUUCCAUUUCUAAUAGUAUUUCCUUCCUUUUAAUAUACCCUUGAAUUAGAUUCAUGAUCAGUGUUUAUAAAUGAAAUUGCUCAUUUGCCAUU